CGGCGCGUCGGAGCCAAAGCUCCAAGCGCGUUCCUUGCCAUAUCCCCGUAAUUCCUCAGUCGAGUACCAUUAAAGACAUAUAAAAAUUCAGCCACUGCACAUUCCAGCACAACGUCAGACCCUCCCCGUGCCGUCUGCGACCACAUACACACCCUCUCAACGCGCCGACGCCAUGGCAUCCUCCCAGCACCCCUCCUUCCCCAUCCGCCCAUAUCCCUCCUCCAUCUCCGGUCCCUCCCAACAACCCCCCCAGUCCUCCACCCGCGGAAAGCCCCUCAGCUUCAGUCAAUCACACGCCCCCGCCGCCCGCGAGGCAGCGCGCAUCGAGCGCGACCGCCUCGAUCGCGAGCGCCAGCAAGUUGCGCAAAAAUCGUCCCAUGCGCAAUCGCAAGCGCCGAGCGCACUGUCGCAGUUAGCGGACGAGCAGCGCGACGAGGUGAAUGAGGCUUUCGCGCUGUUUGACUUGGAUAAGGAUGGCCUCAUCGACUACCACGAGUUCAAGGUUGCGCUCAAGGCGCUCGGUUUCGACCUGCCCAAACCGGAAUUACUGGACCUGCUCACCUCCCAUGGAAUAGCUCCGCCAUCAUACCAGGUGCCUCCAGGAUCGUCGGGGCAGCAUGUGGUUCCGGCGUCUAGGUUGCAUCUUACGCUCAAUUCGUUUCAGCAAAUCGCCUCUGAGCUGAUCCUGGCUCGGGACCCGCGCGACGAGAUCCUACGGGCGUUUGACCUCUUUGAUACGGAAGGGAAGGGCAUGAUAUCUUUGGACGAUUUACGGAGGGUAGCGCGGGAAUUAGGGGAGGGCUUGGAAGAGGAGGAAUUGUCGGCGAUGAUUGAGGAGUUUGAUCUUGAGGGGAAGGGAGGGGUGGGGAGAGAUGAGUUUAUUGGAAUUUGCAUGAACUGAUAUGGUAUUGGAAUGGGAUAAAAGGCACGGGGUCCACGGAUUGUGGACUUGCGGAUGGUGUUUGGAUGGUGUUUGUCACAUGGCUGUGGUUGGGCUGUGCCGUUUUUGAUAUGGGAUAUGACAGCGCGGAGUAUAAUGGCGCAGGAUUAUAUAUCUUCGGAGUGGCCUCAAGAGCUUGUUUUCUGGAUCUGAAUCUUAGGUAUGUAUGAUAGCCACCAGCGUAUAUAUCACCAAAAAUAUAUGCAAAAAGAUGGGUGCACCGGAUUCGAACCGA